AUGUCUCAGGAUUAUCUUACUCCGUCAACUUUACCACAUCCUCCCUUGAAGAGAACCAACACUGGGUUCACACCCAACCAGAUUAUUGCCUUGGAUGCCGAAAUUCCUGCUUCGGCAAAGGAAACUUGGUUCAAGUACUCCCAAUUGGAUAUCUUGGAUUCAAAUUAUAGAGGACCACGUCACAAGAGCGAUAGUGUGCACACAAUUGUUGACGAUGCAGAUAAGUUUGAAAAGGAAUUUGUUAACCAUGUUGAAACUUCAUUGGGAAGAUCCAUGUACAAUUGUGACGACUUGGCUGCUUAUCAAGCUGCUGCAAAUACUGUUAGAGAUGCAUUGGUUAUUGAUUGGUCCAACACUCAACAAAGGCAAACUAUUCAAGAUGGGAAAAGAGUAUAUUACUUGUCAUUGGAGUUUUUGAUGGGAAGGGCUAUGGACAAUGCAUUGAUCAACUUGAAGUGUGAGAAAAAUACUCGGAGCUCAUUGAAUGAAUUGGGAUUCAGCUUGGAAGACGUUUUGGAACAGGAGCCAGAUGCCGGUUUAGGUAAUGGUGGUUUAGGUAGAUUGGCUGCUUGCUUUGUCGAUUCAUUGUCUUCGAAAAACUAUUCAGGUUGGGGUUAUGGUCUCAACUACCAAUAUGGUAUUUUCAAACAAAAGAUUAUCGAUAGUUAUCAAGUUGAAACUCCUGAUUAUUGGUUGAGAUACACUAAUCCAUGGGUUUUGGACAGACAUGAAAUUCGUAUUCCUGUUGACUUUUAUGGCUAUGUUUAUCAAGAACAAGACCCCAAUACUGGUAAAGUGAAAAAAAGUUGGAGUGGUGGUGAAAGAAUUUUGGCAGUUGCUGCUGAUUUCCCCAUCCCUGGUUACAAUACUGAUAAUACCAACAACUUGAGAUUGUGGAAUGCCAAACCAACUCACGAAUUCGACUUCACUAAGUUCAAUGCUGGUGACUAUCAACAAUCUGUAGCAGCUCAACAAAGAGCAGAGGCAAUCACUGCCGUUCUUUAUCCUAACGAUAACUUCGAACAAGGUAAAGAGUUGAGGUUGAAACAACAAUACUUUUGGGUUGCAGCUUCAUUACAUGAUAUUGUUCGGAGAUUUAAAAAGAACCACAAGACCAACUGGAAAAAGUUUCCUGAUCAAGUUGCUAUUCAAUUGAAUGAUACCCACCCAACAUUGGCAAUUGUUGAAUUGCAAAGAAUCUUGGUUGAUUUGGAAGGCUUGGAAUGGGACUAUGCAUGGUCGAUUGUCACUCAAGUGUUUGCCUACACCAACCACACGGUGUUGGCUGAAGCUUUAGAGAAAUGGCCAGUUGAUGUAAUUGGUCAUUUACUUCCAAGACAUUUGGAAAUCAUUUAUGACAUUAAUUACUUCUUUUUAAAGUUUGUCGAGCAUAAAUUCCCUAAUGAUCGUGACUUAUUGAGAAGAGUAUCCAUCAUUGAAGAAGGAUACCCUAAAUCAGCAAGAAUGGCUUAUUUAGCAAUUAUUGGAUCUCACAAAGUCAAUGGGGUUGCUGAGUUGCACUCUGAAUUGAUCAAAACCACUAUUUUUAAAGAUUUUGUCAAGGUGUUUGGACCCGACAAGUUUACCAAUGUUACCAAUGGUAUUACUCCAAGACGUUGGUUGAGACAAGCAAACCCUGAAUUGGCUGCUUUGAUUGCCAAGAAGUUGGAUGAUCCUAACUACGAAUACUUAACAAACUUGGGAAGAUUGAAAAAAUUAGAACAAUUUAUUGAUGAUGAAAAGUUUUUAAGAGAAUGGGAUGCCAUCAAGUUUAACAACAAACGCAGAUUGGCGGCUUUGAUUAAACAAGAAACAAAUGUCGAUGUUGAUCCUACUUUACUUUUUGAUGUUCAGGUUAAGAGAAUUCAUGAAUACAAGAGACAGCAAAUGAAUAUCUUUUCCGUCAUUUAUAGAUACUUGCACAUCAAGGAAUUGCUUGCCCAAGGUGUGUCAAUCGACGAAAUUAAGGAGAAAUACUACAUUUCUAAAGCAUCAAUCUUUGGUGGUAAAGCAGCACCCGGUUACUACAUGGCCAAAACCAUUAUUCAUUUGAUUUGCAAAGUGGGUGAAGUUGUCAACAACGAUACUGAAAUCGACAAUCUUUUGAAAGUGGUGUUUAUUCCCGAUUACAAUGUUUCUAAAGCAGAAAUUAUCUGUCCUGGUUCCGACUUGUCGAACCACAUCUCAACUGCUGGAACUGAAGCUUCAGGAACAUCCAAUAUGAAGUUUGCUUUGAAUGGUGGAUUAAUCAUUGGUACCGUUGAUGGAGCCAAUGUUGAAAUCACACGUGAAAUUGGUGAAGAAAACAUUUUCCUUUUUGGAAACUUGGCUGAAUCAGUUGAUGAAAUCAGACACAAACAUUUUGUUGAAGGAGUACACAUUCCAAAGACUUUGCAAAAAGUGUUUGAUGCUAUUCAACAAGGUCAAUUUGGAAACGCUGAUGAUUUCAAGCCUUUGAUUGAAAGUAUUAGAGAUCAUGGUGAUAAUUAUCUUGUUUCUGAUGAUUUUGAUUUGUAUUUGGAUGCUCAAAGAAAAGUUGAAAAUGUAUUUGGCCAUCAUGGUGCUGAUGCUGAAGAUGAAGAUCAUUUAAAGAGAUGGGUUAGAAAAUCGGUUUGGAGUGUUGCCAACAUGGGCUUCUUUUCUAGUGAUAGAUGUAUUGAUGAGUAUGCUGAAAAUAUCUGGAAUAUCGAACCAUCUAAUAUUUAG